AUGUCUUCUACAACAACGGAGAUAGAACCCAAGGGCCUGGAGGCCACUUCUUCUGCGGAAGCAGAGAAAAGCAUCCCGCAAAACUCCACGAAAGCGCCAAACAAGUUUGUGUCUGCCAUGCGAAGAAUCUAUCGACCUCUUGGAUUCCAAAAAGGAUACAAUUUUCCACUUUUUAUCAUCUUUGCUGGUGCCAUGCUGGGAUUUUGCCUUGCUCGUGCGAUGUAUAUGAAUGUUAGCGGCAACGCUCCUCAUAGUUUCAAAAACAGCACCGUGCCUGGAGAGUGGUACUGGUACCAAAAGGGGUUCAGAAAGAUUGGCAUCACUCUACAUUUGGCAACUUGCAUCCCCUUGGGAUUCCUCAUGAUCUGGCAAUUCGUGCCAGUUAUCCGACACAAGUUCCUUAUGUUUCACCGAAUCAACGGAUACGUGGUGAUCAUCUUGACAUUCUUGACCAACGUGGGCGCAUUGAUGAUUGGACGUCAUUCCUUUGGAGGAGGACCAGAAAUUCAGCUUGGUGUCGGAGUACUCGCCAUUGUGACAAUUGGAUCUAUCUGCAUGGCUUAUUACAACGUCAAACGUCUUCAAAUUGAUCAACAUCGAGCCUGGAUGCUUAGAGGAAUGUUUUACUUGGGCACAAUCAUCACACUUCGAAUUAUUAUGCAAGCCUCUACCCCGAUCCUGUCUGCAUCUGGCAAUUAUUUUCAGUCACAGCCAUGCAAACAGGUGCAAUUCAGUUAUGAAUUGUAUGGAUUCGGACCAUAUACUCAAAUGUUGUAUCCUCAGUGUAGCGACCCAAAUGCUCAAGUCAGCGUCAAAGCUAGUAUGGAGGGUCCCGGUCCGGAGAACAUCGAAGCUGCAUUAGGGAUCUCGUUCGGAAUGGCCUUCUGGAUGGCGCUGUUUCUCCACAUGAUUGGGCCUGAGAUUUACCUGUCCUUGACGCCAGCAGAAGGAGAGAGGUUGAGGAACGUCAGCUACGAAAGACAAUUGGAGGCGGGGUUCAAGAAUCCUGGAAGCUCCGGGUUGACUUCUGAUAGAUGGGGCGAUGCUCCUGAAUGGAAGCCGCAAGUGGUUUGA